AUGGAUCAAGUAUUGGCGCCUGAAUAUUUUGGGAUAAUUUUUAGAUUCCUUUCGACUAAUAAAGAUUUUCAUUCCUGCCUCUUGGUCAAUAAACAUUGGGCUACUUGUGCCGUUCCAAUUUUAUGGGAAGCACCUUUUAAAAUUAAUGAUAGGUUUACUCCGUCACCUAAAGUGAUUCAAACCUAUCUUGCAUUCAUACCAAAUGAGAUUUUUCUUAAACUUGGUUAUAAUGAAAGAAUUGGACUGUCUAUUACUAGACUUCCUUUGUUUGAUUAUCCAUCAUUUCUUAAAGAACUUCAAUUCGACCGAUUCCUUAGUGCAGCUAUAGCAAGUAAUUGUUGUAAAGAUAUUAUAAUUGAAUUAUUCAAAAUGCUUACUGUGAAAGAUGUAAGAUUACGACGAUUUGAUAUCUAUAAUUAUUUAUUUAUUCAACAUUCCGAAUCUCAAAAUACGAUGGCGUCUUUGGUUCUUCCCCAUUUUUCUGAAUACACUUCUAUGCUGAGUAGAUUAACCAAUUUUAAUUUCAGUUAUCAAUGGCCAAUGCAUAAAGCACAACUUUUUAAUAUUAUAGCAGAGAAUUGUUAUAAUAUCGAAAAUCUUAAAGUUAGUAUUUGUUAUGAGGACGAAGGGAUAGCGUCAGCGGCUCUUAUCCAUUCUCAAAGACACUUAAAAAAAUUUUCCCUGAUAAACAGUAAUAAUUAUGCAUCAUUUCCUGUCCAAGCGUUUGUGAACCAAAAGCAUGCACUUAAGAGUGUAACAUUUGAAGACAUGCAUUGCAACAAUGAGUUAAGCGAGACGGAUUUUUUUAAUUAUGCUAUUUGUCAUUUAAAUAGUAGUGCCAUCGAUGCACUUGCUCAAUGUACAAAAAUCAACAAAUUGAAGUUUAAGCACUGUGAAAGGCUCAACACUUCUGCAUUUUUUCCUCUUGCCUCUGCCUUUUCAAACUUAACAUCUUUAGAAUAUUCUUAUGGAACUUAUAAUAUUUGUGAUAAUGCAACCCCCAUUAAAUUAUUAUCCAAUCUCAUUAGGAUGAGUUGUAAUACACUCGAAAGAAUUAUACUUGACUGGCAUUCCCAUGACUAUCUUGAAAUUACUCAGAUUGUUGAAGCCAUUACAUAUGCAAUAAGUCUUAAAUAUUUAAAAAUUCCACUUUAUACAUUAUAA